CGGCAGAAGGAAGCGAGACAAAGAGCAGCCCGGGCCGCGGCCCCCAAAGUUGGCGCGGGGAGCCUCCGGCCGCGCCCAGCCCAGCCCCGUUCCGGGGGCAACCUCCAGCGCAUCCGGAUCCGGAGGGCCCGGGAGCGGCCCGCCAGUCGGUGAGGUCGCCCCCCAACUUGGCGCCUUGGGACGGGCCGGAGGACUGAGCCCCGAGGCCAGCUCGAGGCCCCAGAGCCGCCGCCCACGGCCGAUGCCCACUACGUACUCUGCCAGUUCCUCCUGUGCCGUGUCUGCCCACGCCUGACCAAUGUCCACGACAAGGGAGCAGCCCAUCUUCAGCACCCGGGCCCAUGUCUUCCAAAUUGACCCCGCCACCAAGCGGAACUGGAUCCCAGCGGGCAAGCACGCCCUCACCGUCUCCUACUUCUACGAUGCCACCCGCAACGUCUACCGUAUCAUCAGUGUGGGUGGCACCAAGGCCAUCAUCAACAGCACCAUCACCCCCAACAUGACCUUCACCAAGACCUCGCAGAAGUUUGGGCAGUGGGCCGACAGCCGCGCCAACACCGUCUACGGGCUGGGCUUCGCCUCCGAGCAGCACCUGUCUCAGUUUGCCGAGAAGUUCCAGGAGGUGAAGGAGGCGGCCCGGCUGGCCCGGGAGAAGUCCCAAGACAAGACUGAGCUUACGAACCCAGCCUUGAGCCUCUCCUCACACCAGGUCCUGCCGAGCCCACUGAUCAGCGCCAAUGGCCCCGGGGACGAGAAACUGUUCCGCAGCCAGAGCGCCGAUGGGCCCAACCCCACAGAGCGGGAGCGGCUCAAGAAGAUGCUGUCAGAAGGCUCGGUGGGGGAAGUGCAGUGGGAAGCUGAGUUCUUCACCCUCCAGGACAACAACAACAAGCUGGUGGCCGCACUGCGGGAGGCCAACGCCAACGUGGAGCAGUGGAAGAAGCAGCUGGCGGCCUACCAGGAGGAGACGGAGAGCUUGCGGCUGAGGGUGGCGGAAUUGGAGGCCCAAGGUGCACCCGAACCAGCCAGGGAGAGUGGGAAGGACGGACUGGGCCAGACCCUGGAGGAGCUGGAGAUGAUGAUCAAGAUCAAGGACGAGGAAAUCCAGAUGCUGAAGAAUCAGAAGAGCAGCCAGCGGGAGGCAGAGAGCGAACGGGAGGAGACCCUGCAGAAACUGCAGGACCUGGAGGGCCGGAACACGGAGUUGGAGCGGCAGCUGCGGGGGGCAGAGCAGAACCUGGUGGAGAUGCGGGGGGAGCAGGAGCGGGCGCGGAGUGAAGUGCUGCGGGCAGCCGAGCUCAUGGAUGUCAAGAUCUUCGAGCUGAGCGAGCUGCGGCAGGGCCUGGCCCGGCUGGCAGAGGGUCCGUGAGCGGAGCC